AUGCCACAAUUCCAAAUGCUACAGAUCAUAAGUGAUUCUAAUCAUCAAUUACCACUGUUAGCAGUCUAUAAAACAGGCAAAGCUUUAGCAGCAAAAGCCAUGAAUGCGACACAGUCGGUAUGGGAAUCCCCGAAAGAAUUCUUUGUCGAAACUUUUGAGCGUGGAUUGAUGACUAUUGGUGGCGUGACAGUUUUCGCGGUAGCAAUCGCUGUAGCGGUGUUCAUAAUAAAAGUACGAUACAUGACACCACUUAACAUGUCUCAGGGUACAGCAAUUUUACUAUAUGACAACGGAAUUUACCAUCUCACUAUUCCUGAAACCACCGCCGACAAUAACAUUCAUCAAUCAGUUAUAGCACAUAUUCUGGCUUUAAAAUAUUUAAACAUCAUUCAUUUUAUUUUUCUGGCAUUUUCUCUUGUUUGCGCGGUUAAUCAUGAAAACCAUGGUCUUCCAUUCGUUCAAAUUAACAUAUACUAA